AUGUGUGCACAAAACUUUGAACACUACACACAUUAUUUGCACCCCUUGAGCUUGAUCAUUACAGUGCACCUUGUAUUACUUAUCAACAUCCCAGUUUAUAAUGCUCAACUUGACUACGGGAAGUACUACUCGGAGUGCAGCAACAAUGCCACUCUCAGAUGCGGCGAGACGACACUCGGUCCCAUAAUCUACCCUUUCUGGGGACAAAAUAUUCGACCUUCGUAUUGCGGUCUUGAAGGAUUUGAGUUCAGUUGUGAAAAUAAUGAGAUUCCUGUUAUAGAUAUUGGUUCAGGCAACAAGUAUCGUGUAGCAGAUAUCUAUCCACUUGCUGGGGAGAUCAUCUUAAAUCGUUAUGCUCAUAAAUUGGAAGAGACUUGUGCUCCAAAGUUCAGUAGCACCACAUUAAACACAAAACUGUUCGAGUACGGUCCAGGCACAGAGGAUCUCUACAUGUUCUACGGGUGUCCCCUUGACCUACAUGUACGACUUAAGUUGGGAAUUCCCAACAAUUUUACUUGCAGAACUCGUGAGAAGCAUACACAAGUUAUUUUUGGGGUGGAAUCACAUCUCAAAGAUGAUCUUCACAGGCUUAACAAAUUGUGCGAACCUCCUAUCAGAGUCCCAGUUAACUGGACUGACAUUGAGAAUCUGCCCACGGAUGUAAAUCGGCUGCUGGAACAACUAUCAGAGCGGAGUUUUGUUAUUCAUCACAAAAUAAACUAUACAGCAUGUCAAGAUUGUUUGGGACCUGGUAGAGUGUGUUGGAAUGGCGCAGAGGUUGGAGUAAAUUCCAGUUGUCUGUCCAAGCCAGUGAAGCCAAGCAGACAAGUGAAGCCAGGUAAACCUCAGGAUGGGAGAUUAAAGAUUGGCAUAGGUAGUCCAUUGUUCACUUCAAUUCUUAUUAACUGA